GGCGGUUGCCAUGGGGACGCCCUCACCGCUCCGCCGCCCUGAGGGGAGGAGCGGCGGCGCUAUGGGGGCGGGGCGAGCUGUGGGCACCGGCACCGAUGCACGGCGCGGACGAGGAGGGGGAGGCGGCGACAGCGGCGGCGAGGGGGCCGCGAGUGAGCGCGGCGAGCACGCAGACCGACAGCAUGGCUGGCCAAAUACCCAGACUUUCUAAGGUCAAUCUUUUUACUUUGUUCAGUCUCUGGAUGGAGCUCUUUCCUUCUGCCGAACAACAGAAGAAAUCACAGGUGAAGAAGAGCGGUCUGGUUGUGGUGAAAAACAUGACAAUUAUUGGUCUUCAUUGUUCCAGUACAGACCUGCAUGCUGGUCAGAUUGCACUCAUUAAACAUGGAUCAAGACUUAAAAACUGUGAUCUUUACUUUUCCAGAAAACCAUGUUCAACUUGCUUAAAAAUGAUUGUAAAUGCUGGGGUGAACAGGAUUUCUUACUGGCCCGCGGAUCCUGAAAUCAGCUUGCAGAAUGAGACAUCCAAUCCUGCGAUGACCAGUGAUGCAAAGCUCGAUGCCAAAGCAGUAGAAAGGCUGAAGUCAAACAGCCGUGCUCGGGUGUGUGUGUUGCUUCAGCCCUUGGUGUACUAUAUGGUGCAGUUUAUUGAAGAAACUUCCACCAAGCUUGAUUUUAUUAAAAAAAUAGCAAAAUCUCAGCCUGACUUUAAUACUGACUUUUAUACUGCGUGUAGACAAGAAAGAAUUAAAGAAUAUGAAAGUUUAUUCCUGAUUUCAAAUGAGGAAACACACAAGCAAAUAUUGAUGACCAUAGGACUGGAGAACCUCUGUGAAAAUCCAUACUUCAGCAAUCUUAGGCAAAAUAUGAAAGAUCUGGUCUUGGUCUUGGCCACGGUGGCUGCCAGCGUCCCUGUCUUUGGUUGCUUUGGAUUUUACAGUAGUGAACCACAGCCAGCAAAUGAAACAUGCCAUCAGGGUUUGCCCCAAGAGAUUGCAAGGCACUGUAUGGUACAAGCCAUGCUGCUCGCCUACCGGACAGAGGAUCAUAAAACAGGAGUCGGAGCUAUUAUUUGGGCAGAAGAAAAAUCAAGAAGCUGUGAUGGAACAGGAGCAAUGUAUUUUGUAGGCUGCGGUUACAAUGCCUUUCCUGUUGGAUCUGAAUAUGCUGAUUUUCCACACAUGGAUGACAAACAAAAAGAUCGAGAAAUCAGAAAGUUCAGAUACAUCAUACAUGCUGAGCAGAACGCCUUGACAUUCAGGUGUCGAGAAAUAAAGCCAGACGAGAGAAGCAUGAUAUUUGUGACAAAAUGUCCUUGUGAUGAAUGUGUCCCUUUAAUCAAAGGGGCUGGUAUCAAGCAAAUCUAUGCAGGAGAUGUCGAUGCUGGAAAAAAGAAAGCAGAUAUUUCAUAUAUGAAGUUUGGUGAACUGGAGGGUGUAAGCAAAUUUACUUGGCAACUAAAUCCGUGCCACCCUAACGCUGUUGAAUUCCAUGAAACCACAAUGAGGGAAAAUGGAGUUCAGAAGACAAAAUCGGUAGAUGAUCAGCAGCACCAGAGCAAGAAGCUGUGUCUUGGUCACUACUGAAUAAUCACUUAAGCACUCCUGCAUUCUUGCUCUGUACUUUUUAUAACGCAGCCUGUUUGCACUUUCAAAUAACGAAGGAUUUUAUUUAUUGUUUGGAAAGUGAUUUUUAGAAUAACUUUAUUUAUGAUGCCUUGAACGUUUUACAGAAUUACUUGAAGGUCUUUUUAAUUUACAAGUUCCUGGGGAAAAAAAUGCUGCUUGUAUUUUCUAUGAAAGUAAUUGGGUGGCAAAUAAUUGUUAAUGCAUAAGAACAAAUGCAGAAAUUUGUUGCUGGUGUAUCAGAGGAAUAAUAAAAUGUUCUCUCUUUGCUUGGUGUAGGGAUUGAGGGAAUGGAUUUCUAAGUUCUGGGUAAGCAGAAUGUAGAAAUAAGCUGUGGUUCAAGUAGAGUACUCAAAGGAAUCUCCAAGAAAACAGUAGAUAAGUCAUCUCUUGUAACCAGCCCAGUUCCUCAAAGUGGCCUUUGCUUCUCAGUCCGUUUGUAUAAUGGAGACACUGCCACUGGGACAUAAUGGUUGUUAGAGAAGUGAUUUGGAGAUUGUUUGUCUCUCAUACAUCACUUCUUCCAACUACCAUAGCAGCACAGCUGUUCUCUUCUGUGGUACUUGCAUUGCUGUGGUGUGUUCUUUGUGCUUCCUCAAGCACAUCCCAUCUGAAUUAAUCUAGACCUUUGCUUCCAUCCUGAAAACCCUGGAAGGAGAAUGGUGUCCUAAGAUUCGGCUUAGUUUCAAUUUGUUCCUUGCAGGCUUUGGAUAGCAAAGCCGUGAUGGGACAGCAUGCAAAGCAGUGUUAACAUAGCAUUAACUGCAGGGAGACUGUUCUCACCCAGUCUGGUCCUACAAUUUAAAGUAGGGUUUUGAUGUUCAGAACUGCAGCAAGGAGCUGAGAUUCCUUACGGCCCAUCAGAUAACUUCAUAUCAGAAUUGGGAAAUGCUUGUAUCCUCUUACCACCAUGAGAAUUUGCUCUUACUAAAGGCUGGAGGAAGGCUUUCUCUCAGUUUAGUGAAACUGAAGACAGCCUUGGGUGAGAGGUGAGAGGUAUGUGCAGUCAGCAGCAGAAAUCUUGCCAGGCAAGUGGCUGAUCUACCACCACUGCUGUCCUUUCCCAGGACCAGGAUGAAAAUAUGACCCUGUUUGUCAACCAAAGGAAGGAUGGUGAAAUCCACUUUUUGCAUCACACCUCAAAAAUUUGCACAAUAGCUCAUGAGGAAGUAUCUGAUCUGCCACUUGCUGACUGAACUACCACCAGCUCUUGUGGUCCAGAGCACAGGGCCUGAGAUCCUGGACCAGCAGGUCCAGCUGCAGGAGAUCUGUGCCUCUGUCAGACAGGGAGUCCAGCUUGGGCCUGGGGAGGGUGUUCCUGUUCUGGAUGUCAAGCAACCCUCCCAAACUGAUUUUUGUCCUCUCAUAAAUUUCAUGGCUUAUAACUUCCACUCAAGUUCGAAGUUGGAUGUUGGUGCUUCGUAAGCAAGACAGUCAUUAUAAUCUGUUUUAAAUCAAAUAUUUUACUAUGUCAUACUGUUUUCCUUCCAUUUCUUGUAAGCAUCCUGUGUAAGAGUGAUUACUCUUGGCUUUUUCUACAGAUUAGAAGAACACUGUCUAGAUUAAAGCACCCCCGUACCCUGACACCUUCAUGUUUCUAUCAUCCAUCGGCAGUGCUCUCCUGCUUGAGGGAGAAGCAGGGAAAAAAUAGGUGCAGGUUUAAGGCCUCUUGAGGUUUUAUCCUCAUCAGUCAGCUGGUAUCGGAGCAGGAUAAGUCUAUGUCUUUAUGAGAAUGGCUGAGAUGGAAAAGUCCCUGAAAGGUGGUGGGUGGCCUGGGUACAGGGAGAGGCAAAUCACGAUGUACGCAUCAAAUAUUACACAUGUUAAAUAACUGCACUGCAGUGGAUGCUGCUGGUAGCCUUCAUGAGGAGUUAUGAUUUUACCUUCAGUUUUUAUUGGUUUUUUAAAAGGGAUUUUUGUACAAAACUUUCUGUGAAACUUGGAAUUGCUUUUAAGGCUGAAGGCUUGCAAGUCUGACCUGCUGUCACGCUGUCUUUGGACAGAUUCCUCCAGAGGUUCACAAAUGUCCCUAGGCUCCGAUGAUCUGUGUAACUCUGCUUUGUUUCCUGCUGGGAUUGCAGAGUAGGAAGAACGUGAGCAGGGGUUUCUCCUGACCCACAGACUGUGCAGGCACUGCUGUGCAUCUCAUCUGCUCGCCCAGGGGAGGCAUGCGAGGUCGGGCAUCUCCUGUUGUGCUUCUGCAAAUGAACUGUAGGGUGUGUGUUUCUUACAUCAAAGGAAAAAUGUAUUUAAAGUUAAGAAAUGUAAAAGCUAUAUAUUUUAUAUAGACGUAUGAAAUUUCUGUACGCAUUUUGGGUCUCUUUGGUUCAUCUCAGAGCAGUCUUUCCAAUUGCAGGUAUGAGCUGCUGCUAACAGUUUGGCCUCUUGACCAAGAAUUACAGAAAUUCUCUGCUAAUUGUUUGCCUUACAGCAAAAGAUGUUUUCUGCUAAUAAAUGAUUCUGGUUGUA